AUAAUAUACGAGAGCCGCGCAUCUGUGUCCUGUGCUGCCCUGCUCCGCGCGAAUGUGUGAAUAUAUAGUACAUACAUAAUAAUAAUUCUAUCGUCCUCGGUGGUGCUCUGUGCCCUGUGCAUUUGAUGUGUUCCGUGUACGUUAUAUCGUCGCUGAUGAACUCGUAUGAAAACUACGAAAUUUUUAAUUCCUUGAUAUAUAUAUUGGCGUGGCGUAUGUCGUGUGUGUUGAACGAUAAGUAAACGAAGUAAUAAAAAAACGCAUUAAAACAAAAAAUAAAUCAACGGAUCGAUUGGACCUUACGACGGAUUUUGUGUCCGCCUCUGGUUUGGCGACACACGUCGAAAAAGCUGUCCCGCAUCGGCGCUUUUUUCACCCCCCAAGUGGUAUCAAUGUUGUCUGGCAAUGGUGUGUAAGGAGAACGUGGUAUCAUGGUUUGGGAAUCUGUCCAGUUAUAAACGCAUAGAUGUGAUGUGCACUCUGUUAAACAUGUGCUUGCCGUUUGAAAUACGUUACCUUGGCACAUGUAUCGAAGAUAUUGGAAAGCGUGAUUAUGCGGAUUUGCGAGAAACCGAAGAUCAUGCUAACAGCACAAACGAACUUGCUGAAUUGGCAAAUCUGGGUAUUGGAGAUAAGAGAACACGAAGAAAAUUGGCUCUCUACAUGGCGCUAUUGAGAUCCUGCAACUACUCUUGCGCCAUUAUAUUUCACAAGAUUCUUGCUAAUCUUGAUACUCAGGAAAUCAUAAAUAUCCUCAACGGAGCUGCUUUUGCACCGGACGAUCAACCCAUGGAAGAAUUACUCUUGCUUUAUACCAUGGCGCUUAAUCAUCCUGCUUUUACUUACGAGCAAAAAAGUACCUUUGGUAAUAUUUAUGUCAAGCUCCAGGAGGAAGAAUCUCGUCUUAAUCUUCCAAAAAAUCCAGCCGCUGUCAAUUCGUCCUACAAAUCUUCACAAGGAUGCGGGCCAUGCGGAAAUCCAAGUGAUCGUCCGGUAUCAGUGGACCCGAGUGUGGAAAUGCCAGUGAAUUGUUCGAUGCCACCACCGCCAAUACAAACGUACCACGGCGAAAUGGGAGGAAUGCGAGGUAAUCCAAUGGUGAGCGGUGUACCACCAGGAUUGUCGUUGCCACCACCGGGAUUAUGUUUGCCAGGACACGAUCAAAUGACGAUGGGAACAACGCCGGCGGGAACGCAGUACGUUCACCUUGGUUUUCCAACCGUGAAUCAUAUGGCACCAUGGACAGGACAAGUGAUGAUGGGAAAUCCAUUGAUGUAUCACACGAAUGAUAUGUUGGCUUGUCCACCAUCACCAUUAGUCAGUAGGCAAUCGUCGCCGUCCCAUUCGCGGUCACCGAGUCGAAGCAAUUCGCCACUGGGUCGACGCAGCAACAAUCCAAUGCCUCGUACUUCAUCCCAAGUUAUACAAUCGACGUGCAACACGCUGACGACAUCGACCGGCUCGUCGAACAAUCAAUCGAGUAUAACAAGUACAAGUGCAACACCUCAUCAUCAACCUCCACCUUCUUCGAUCGGUUGCACGACCAGAAGUCUUCCUGGUGGUCCACCACCCAUGUUACCACCGAGAUCCGCACCACCGCCAAUCACAACCACAAAUCUCUCUUACUCUCGUCACAACAGUAUCGAUAAUACCUCCACUGUUGCCGCAUCAGCGACCAAACAACCUCCACCACCUCCGCGGUUACGAGCUACCGCUUCGGGUGGAGAUUCUUCUCAACGUGACAACACUGCCAAGGAUGUGAAUAAUUUCAAGGGAAAUUUACCGAAUACGUCGUUCGGAGAGAUUAGACGAAUGAGCGACGAGGACGUCCGAGAUAUGGAGAUGAUGGCGUUGGGUCAAUUGAGGAACAUAGUGAGAAGUCAGACGACCAACGGUUUGAGUCAACUUGGAAUCGACAAGAAGCUAGAAAAUACAAAUAAUGUGACACAUCCUGUUAACGAACCGAUCGGGAGUGAGGAACAACUGUCUCAACAACAAACGCUACAGCAACAACAGCAGCAACAAUCAAUGCAACAUCAUCCACCACACACUCACAUAAACGCUGUCAAUUUGAGGCGAUUUCCCCACAUGUCGGCACUGGAGCACUCUCAGAUGCAAAUGUAUUCUCCACCACCGAUGUAUCCACCAAAUGUUCAUUGUUAUAGUUGCAUAGGUGUGCCAGUUACCGGUUUGCCUACUCGUCAUUCCAGGUGUAAUGCUCAGCAUCUCUACUGUACGCAACUGCAGGCAUUGAGUUUAGAUCCGGAAAAUAGUCGUCACUGUUCUCAGAGCAGUAGUUCGGAGAGUACGGGAAGUCGUUCACCGCCGGAAACCCCACCGGCGGUGCCGUGGGUGAGCAGUAGUGGGUCAGAAACGGCGCAAUCGUCGACGACGGAGCAUCAGGCAUCGCCAGGAACGUCAUCGCAUCAUUCCACGAUGUCGCAGUCUCAUCAGGGAGCUCAAUCGAUGUCACACAUGUCAGAGAGGCCGAGAAAUCAGUCGAAGAAACAUCAGUCGCACGUUAUGCGACAAAAAAAUCAAAUGGUCAACGGUGUGACGUCGGGCGGAAAUGGAAACAACUGUAGCGGUGGAAACAACGGUGGUAUACCAAAUAUUCCACACUGUGUUUCGUUUCCCGGACCACCAACACCCUCCCCAGUCACAUUUUUACCACACGCUCAUUUCUCACCGCUCAGACCGAGCAACGCCAUUUAUUCGAAUUUUUCCCACGCCGCGUACAACCGACCACCCACUUUUCCGACAUCUUAUCAACCCAACGGCGAAAUGAUGUAUCAAUACGCUGGACCUGGUGGCACACCUCCUCCUCCUCCACCUACCGUUGCCGCCGCACCUCCGCACACUUAUAUGCCAUCGGCGCCUGUCGUUACAUACACACCAGCUGCCCCACCUGCCAAAAUAUCGUGCUACAAUUGUGGUAGUAAUAAUCAUGUGGCAGCUGAUUGCAAGGACCAAACCAUGGAGGAGCUCACAAAAAGAGCAACCUAUCGAUUGGAUUACACCUUGAUGAAACAGUCAGGAGAGUGCCCGAGUUCCGACAAGUGAUCCCCUGCCAUAGACCACCCGAAUAAUCACUGUAGACAGCAUAAUCGAAACCGUCACAAUCGCAACAUCAUGUAUCGGUAUAGUCAAAAUCAUCAGCUAAAUUCUCAGCGUCAUCAUCAACAACUAUGUCAACAACGCCAGCCGCAGCAGCAGCAGCAACAACAACAACAACAACAACAACAACACCAAAAUUAUCAUAAUAAUCCCGUAUACAGUACGACAAGCACCAUGAACACGCUCGAGCCUAAAAUCCAAUCAAAACCAGACUACCAUUCAACGUGUAGGCUCUCGGUGACUUUUUUAGAUUAUCCGUAUAUUCGUGACGAGAAUUUUUUUAAGGGAGAUGUUUCACAGUUAACGGUACCAGGUAUACUUUUUACAAGUUCUUAUUUAUGAUAGCGAUUAUUAUUAUUAUUAAUAAUAUUAUUAUUAUUAUUACCUAUAUUAUUAUUGAUAUAGUUAUUGAAGAAAAUAUAGCGUCUGUACAAAGCAUAACGGAAUACGAUAUUAUUAUCUAUAUUUUUAGCAUAUAUUUAAGACCAUUUUUUGAGAUAAACUCGCGUUGAGAAAUGCUCGCGAAUUUUUCAUUCGUGUUUCCCUUCACAAUCGUCAUUUGCCCCUUAAGUUUGUUGAAAACCUCCACAAAAAAAGCAUUGAAAAGUCCUUCGAUCUCCAUCUCUACUGGUGUAUAAAAAACAAGUAAAAAUAAUUUAAAAAAUAGAGAAAAGUGGACGAAAAAUAAAGCAUAUCGCGUCUCAAUUAAAGCGAUCUUGCGACUACUUAAUAAAAAAAAAAAAAAAUGAAAAAAAAAAGAAAUACUAUACUGUUACUGCUACUCUCACUAUUUACAGUUAACGGUGGACACGACGUACCGAGUUCUUCGAUGUACAUUUAUAAAUAUACAUAUGUAUAUAGCACAUACGUUUAAAGAGAAAAAAAAAUUGUUUUUUUCCUUUUUUUUGCGUGUUUGCGACGAAGAAAGAAAACCAUAAGUGUUCGAUUUAUUAUCUAGCUGCCGUUUCGCGCUCACGUAGCGUUGUGUGUAUAAAAGCCUGACGAAAACGAGAGUGAAGGCAGAAAAAACGAAGAGGCGAUCAAAUAAAUAAAAAUGACAAAACCUCAAAAAAAAAAUGGAAAUAAGAAGAAUUGAACAAUAAAAACGAAAAAAAUAACGAAAAUACACUGCUCAUCAUUCACUCGAUAUAAAUCGUCGAUAGCUAUUGCGUAGUUAGAGGAUUAAACUCUCUCAUCCUAUUUAUUAGUAGUUAUCAACGAGCAAUCCACAUGUGCAACUCGAGCAAUUUUGUACGACCUUUUAUCGAUCUACCCUCUUUUUUUUUUAAGCGUUCAAUCACUUUUGCUAUAUACACACAAAAAUACACUCAAGAGGAGAAAUCUAUCAAUGAUUCGAAUGCAUUAUCAUUAGAUUUUUUAUUCGUAGUCUUUGUCGAAACCAAGGCAACGUAAUGCCCGUUGCAUUUAUGACCUUUUGUCCUCGUGAAAUUCGGCUUGAAGUUUUGAAGCAUAUUCAAAAGAAAUGAAAUUCUAUCCUGAUUGCUCGUCCGAAUAAGUUGGAAGAGAGAGAGAGAGAAAACGAGAGUGAGGCGAUCAAGUGAUAAAGCCGUUUGUUUGACUGUGUUUUUUUCUUUUUUUCGGUCGUUCGUUUGUGAAUGUAGAUUAAGUACGUAAUAAGUACGAAGAAACUGUGAACGAUAGCGGGCGAGAUUUGAACGUGAAUGAGUACACGAAAAAGAAAAAAAAAUAUAUAUCGGACGAAAAUUUAUAGCUUUUGAGUGUUCGUCAAAUGAUUUCGAGCUUUGAUUUUGUCGAUUUGCGGCAACUAGUCAGAGGUCGACCCUCUUUUUAAAUAUUUAUAAAGAUAAUAAUAACGAUGAUGAUAAUAUUUCCUUCUUGUUUGAAACGAAUGAAACAGGCAUGUACAACGAAAACGUAAAUAUCUGUGUUUGUCUCUCGUCCGCCAUCUCUACGCAUACUUGUCUGAAUGAGUCAAAUUUCAAAUGUGACGAUAUAACGGCGAUUUCUUUGAGAAAAGAUCAAACGGUUGCAUAUGAAAAAGCAGAUAAUUAGGAUAAUGGAAAACGAAAUAUCCGCCACGAACGUCAAUUCGCGCGAUUAUUGUUUUAAGCGCGAAAAACUAGUCACAUGUGAUACUGGCAAAUAUUCUGUUUUUUUGCUCCCAGAAUGGUCAUUGUUACUUCAAUAAACUCGCGCUUUAAACACAUCAACAAACACACCUGCCCAUAUACACAUCGGCAAAUUCGUGUAUAACACACACAUUCAAUAAUAUACAUACAGCUUCGGGAGAAAAUCUUCGAGUUCCUAUGUCGAGCUUUCUUUCCCAGUGAUUCUCUUAAAAGAGCAAUGAAAUAUGUGAUCUUCACGAGAAAAAAAAAAACAAAAAACGAGAGAAUUAUCCAUUUUUACAAAUUUGUAUUGAUACUUGUAGACAAGGAUUGUUUGAUCUUUCUUAUUUUUCUUUUCGUUCACGAUUCAUGCCUUUUGAAAUCACGAUGAAAAUAUUUCGUCUCCCUUUACAUUGUUCUUGAACUCACUGUCUCUUUGCUACUCAUAAUCGUUAAGAAAAUUCGAGCUAUUCCUCAUCCUUCUGUUCAAUCAAACGAGCGUUAUUUCUAAACGUAAAUAAUUAAGUCGUAAUUUAGAAUAAUGUAAAUUAAAAUAUAAAAAAAGACGACAUCGAAACGAAGGAAGAAGUGCAUGGGGAUGCUAAAAACGGGACGGAGCCUCGUGUCUGCACCGAGAUGAAUACGUUUUUGGAAUUUAUCUAUCUGAAAUUUCAAGUCCAAGCAUCGGUUGGUCAUAAAUCAUUUAUAUACAUUCGUUUUGGAUAACAUUCCGAUCGAAUCCUCCAUGAAGUGUCUUUCGACAAAUCAACUUUUUCUUAGCCCAUUUUCGAGUGCUAAAUAAAAUCAAAAGGCUUUCUCGGUGUUGGGACAGAGUUUCUUUCUUCUCGUUUUUUUUUUUUAAAUACACGAGUAUACGUCCGAACUUUGUAACUAACAAUUCACGGCGGUAAUUACUUCUAAAAAUGGAUCUCUGGAAAAAAAACAAAACAAAAAAGAUUUAGUUUCUAUUGACAAAUUCAUGUAACUUAUGAUUUGGUUGUUGAUAUCGGUCAUAUAAAUUGUAAAAAGCGUUUUACUCGUGCUUCGAAGAAAUUUUCGCUGAUCGAGAAAGAGAAGAAUGGAAAUUGUUGAUAUCAUUUUGUUUGUCCACUCGAAGGAUUUAGAUACGCACAAAAUUCAUACUUUUAAUCAACAAAUGGAAACAAAAAUCUUUGAGAUUCCAUCUCAACAGCGAAAAUUCGUCUCGUUGAAACUAAGGCCCGGUACAAUAAUGAAUGAAAAAAAAAAAAUAAAUAUGGACUCGAACAAGAGGAUAUAUAUAUUGAAAAGUUGAAAUUUCACUUGAUCAAAUCAG